GUGACGUCAUCAGCAAUCAGCGGUCGAGUCUGGGCGAUAGAGGCAGUGUUUGUGUGUAUGUGUGUGUGUGUGUAUGUGUGGAGGAACGAGCAGCCAUGGCUCUCAUCAAGGAGUACCGUGUGGUUUUACCCUGUAGUGUUGAGGAGUAUCAAGUGGGGCAGCUGUUCUCGGUGGCCGAAGCAAGUAAAAAUGAGACGGGUGGUGGUGAGGGUAUCGAGGUACUCAAGAAUGAGCCCUAUGAAGAAGAUGGCGAGAAAGGACAGUACACACACAAAAUCUACCACAUAAAGAGUAAAGUCCCAGCCUUUGUCAAAAUGAUAGCUCCUGAAGGUUCCCUGGUAUUCCAUGAAAAAGCCUGGAAUGCCUACCCCUACUGCAAAACCAUUGUGACGAAUGAGUAUAUGAAAGACAAUUUCUUCAUUAAGAUUGAAACGUGGCACAAACCAGACCUUGGAACGCAAGAAAAUGUGCACCAGCUCGGCAGGUCCACAUGGCAGAAUGUAACUGUUGUGCCCAUUGACAUCACAAACAGUAAAGUAUCCGCUGCUGACUACAAGCCAGAGGAGGACCCUACCAAGUUCAAGUCGGUUAAGACUGGCAGAGGACCCCUUGGGCCCAACUGGAAGCAAGAGCUGGUUAAUAAGCCUGACUGCCCGAGGAUGUGUGCCUACAAACUGGUCACGGUCAGAUUCAAGUGGUGGGGCCUGCAGAACAGAGUGGAGAGCUUCAUCCAUGAGCAAGAGGAGAGGAUCUUCACUAACUUCCACCGCCAGCUCUUUUGUUGGAUUGAUAAGUGGGUGGAGCUGACAAUGGAAGAUAUCAGGCGAAUGGAAGCGGAGACACAGAAGGAGCUGGAAGAGCUUCGCAGACGGGGAGAAGUACGAGGAACCAGUGCUGCAGAGAAAUGAAAAGGCAACGAAUUUUAAACGCCCACGACUACAGCUGAGAGGCCUCCUUUGGUGCCUCUAUUUUACCAGAACUGAUUUAAGCUGUGGAGGGGUGUUUGGGAGCUCUGCUACCUGCAAUCAAUAGAGCAGAUCCCUGACUUGCAUCCAAUCAUAGACAUUCUAUACACUGAGGAAUUGAUUUCUAGAAACCAACACGAUCCUAGCUGAUAAGACUGGUUCAUUUUGAUCUCCUGGGCAGAGAAAGGCCAGCUAUCAGCAUCAUGUUAUUGGAGCUUCUUGCAGUAGAGAUACAUUUUUACAAAAGCAAAGUCAUUGACUUGAUUCCACAGUAGCAGGUGUUGGACCAAAUAUUUCUUCUGUCAUUUUUAGAUUUUCCUUUUCCUGCAUAAUAUUCCUCUCAAGAUGAUGCCCUGUCCGACCUGUCUUUGUCUCCUCCUUGGUCUUAACUGUACACAUUGUGGUUUGCAUUCCCUGGCAUGAGUCUGUCUGUUUGUCAUACUCAUGUUCCUUCCUGCCACAGCCUCCAUUUAGAGAUUACUAACACCCUUGGCGCCUUGGCCCAUUGUCGGGUGAUGGGGGCCCCCCCAUCACCCCACACCUUCCCCAAAGCACUGCAUCCUAUUAACACAUGCCCGUACAGGUAUUCACUCUCACUCUCAUACAGAUUUAAUAGAAACUCACACACACGCAUACGCACAUGCACACGCACACACAUGACACAUAUACAUGGCUCGCACGAGGAUAAACAUGUUAAUUCAUUCUCACACAUACACUCACAGGUGUGGAUGCCUUCGCAGUGACUGAUCUCUGAAAGAUCUCAAGCUGGGCAGAUCCGUACAGGCUUGUUCAGCUAAGGGGAUGUUACUUUGGAAGUGCUUACAGCCCCCCCCUCUAGCCCGUCCACCCCACACACACACACACACACACACACACACACACACACACACACACACACACACACACACACACACACACACACUCACUCCCUAUUCUAAAGACAUUCACACUUAACAUACAACACAGCAUCCACCUCCCUAACAGAAGUCCCCAGAGAAAAAAAAAAAAAAAAGACACUGAAAAACAGCCACAGAUGGUGCUUCACCCCUUCGAGCCUCUUGUCACGAGCCAAACUGCACCGCACUGCUCGCCCCACCUCACCCAGCCCACCUCACCCAGCCCACCCCAGAGGCCUGUCUCCCUCAUCUGGUUCUCAGAGGUAGACGGUUUCCAAAAAGGCCUCUUCUGUUCCGCCACAUUUUUUAGGUGUGUUUACAGAAUCAUACCAGCCUUACCAGUGCCCGGUCCACACCAGCACCACACACCGCUCGCCUUAAUCUCCGGACCUUCGGACCUAUUAUAACUAUUGUACCUCUGCUGUCAGCCUUUGCUCUAGCUACCUCCCUUGUUUUUUGACUGGCAAAUUUCUUGACACCUUAAGGUUUAAAACGAGCAAUUUGCCUGCUACUUGUGUAGGAGUAAAUCAUGGCAGUCAUAGCUUUUUGAGCAAAGUUGUUUGUGAUGACUCUCUGUUUUUUUAGAAUUGCAUGACUCCCUUUAUGUUUCCUGAUAUGUGUCACAGCGACUGAGCCAGUGCAAUUCCUUCAGCAAGCAAAAAUAUGUAAGUAGCAGCCUGAACAGCUUGUACACUGCUGUUGGUGCAAAAAGCUGCAGAUUUACAUCUUUGCCGGAGAUCAGCCAUGUGAUUGAUAUGCCAUAUUAAUGACUCUUCAACUCCACAGUGAAGGCUUCACAAUCAUGGUGCACUGGCCUACAGUGCUGGUCACCAAUAGUGUUACAUACAUAAAUAGAAGUAGUGUUUUCCUCAUUGAACCUUGUUCUUUUUUUUUUUUUUUUUUUGUGAUGUAUCAAUGUCUUAAAUUGUGCAACAGGGAUUGGGGAUUUGUUUUUAGAGAUCUAUUUUCCUUUCAAUGCACAUAUAUAAUGAAAUAAUCCGGGUUCAAAGAUCUGAAUGUUUUUGUUGUCUGUAAAUCGUAUGUGGGAGUCUGAUCACUUCUCAGUAAUGGGUUAUUGGCUCGUCCAAAGAGAAUGAAUGGAUUUCUGAUAUGUUUACAUGACUUUCAGCAAUGAAAAAAGGCUGGUAAUAUAGGAAGAUUGGGAAGGCAACAUUUUUCUUCACAAGAAAAUCUUCUCAGGUGAACAAUACGACUUUGAUAUUGUUCCUCAUCAGUUGCCCAAAACAAUUGACUUCUUUACACCAUCCCAUAUCCUUUUCUAAAGGAAAUGUGGUAAUAGUGUCAACAUGAUCGGGAGCUGUUGUAAUAUAUCCUUUUUGGUUUCACCACAGUAGGAGGCAGCCAGUCGGUCAUUGUUACUGUACUGGGUUUGUAUUCAUAUGUCGCAAAGACCGAAAAGUGUGACACAAUGGAUCCUCAAUGUAAUCAAUGUUUCCAAGUCUAAAUGAUUCCUGCUGUCUGUUCAACAGAGAAGGCAGCAGCUAAAGAGAACAACCUCAAUCAAAGGUUUACCAUCUGUCAAGAUAAUGAUAGGGUUGCAAAGCAACUGUUUAGUCUCAUUCUAAUUUAUGAAAUGUACAACUGUUUAAUUUCUGAACCGCUUGCUUUUAAAUGUUUAUGAUCAGCUUUUGAAAUUCAGGGGACAUGGUGGUGAAUGUAUGCGAUGUUGUGCCUUUUUCUUUCUGAGAUCCUGUGUGCCAUUAAAUCAACAUAUUGUAUCUUAAUAUCAAAAUAAAUUUUG